CCGUCCGCGCUACACGCCUGACAAUACGCGCCAGCCGGCCGUCAUGCCACGUGAAUCGCGAUGUCGCUCUCUACGCGCGAAUAUUUAUGACGCGAAACUCGCAUCUUCAUAAAUGGCACAGCCGAUCUCGAUGCCUCACUGCAGCUCGCAUUUAAACAUAAAAUGCCAAUAAAACAAACUCUCGCGAAAAGACUCGAUCGCCGAACUUUUAAUCAAGUAAUAGUGUACGUGUUAUUCUACUGCCAUGUUAUCGAAACUAACUUCGCAGCCGAAAUGCCGCACGAGUGCGCGUACCGUAGCUCCGAGACGGAAACGUCGGAAAAUGCGGUACUUUUCUGCAAAAUUCGAACCAUAAGCAGUUUGGACCACCUGUUACAGAAUAUCAGUCGAACGCAUUUCGACGACGUGAUGUCGUUGCACGUACAGUGCAGCGAGAUUUUGUUCUUCGAAAGCACCCUGACUGCACAGACAGAAAAAACAUCAAGCAAGCACGCGAACCUAGCAAAGCUAAGAGAUCUUGUCAUUGAUAAGUGUAAGAUACGUCAGAUACCGGCACGUGCGUUCGAGAAUUUCAAAGACCUGAAACGUUUGCACGUGACGACCCACAACAGCGAAUGGUCCGCCAUGACAAUGGAAAUACACGAGCAAGCUUUCGCCGGAUUGAACGAGUUAAUUGAACUCGAUCUGAGUGACAACAACAUCUGGAGCACUAAAACUGAAACGUUCUGUUUAUUGUACAGUUUGAAGACAUUAAAUAUGUCAAAGAAUCAUUUACAAAACUUGAAGACUAUUGGAUUUGCGGAUACGUUACGAGAACAAAACCUGAGCGUAAGAAGUUGUAACUUAGUUAUAGAAACUCUUGAUAUGUCUCACAACGAUCUUAUUGUUGUAACCGAUAACAGCUUAUCGAAAUUACGUUCUUUGACAAAACUGUUAUUACAAAAUAAUGCAAUAUCUACCUUAGAAGACGGUGCUUUUGGCGGGCUUAUUAGUUUACAAGUUUUGAAUUUGUCAAGUAACUUUCUUAAUACCAUACCUCCUGACCUUUUUACUGACACAAAAUCUUUGAACAAGAUUGAUUUAAGUAAUAACACCAUUAAUGUUUUGCAACCAGGACUUUUUGCCGGUUUGGAACAACUUCAAAUAUUAGAUCUUUCUUUGAACGAUCUUACUAGUCAGUGGAUAAAUAAGGGCACAUUUGUAGGUCUAUUGCGUAUGGUGAUUUUAAAUCUUUCAUAUAAUAGAUUAUCUAGGAUAGAUCGGUACAUUUUUCAAGAUUUGUAUAGCUUACAAAAGUUAAAUUUAGAUCAUAAUGAAAUCACUUCCAUUGAAGAUCAUGCGUUUGAGGAGCUACGAAAUUUGCAUUCAUUGACACUUUCGAAUAAUAAACUUGUACAUAUUCAUUCUCACUUGUUCACUGAUUUACACAUAUUGCACGAAUUGUUUAUUGAUAAUAAUAAAAUCAAACACAUAGACGAUACUGCUUUCGAUAACAUGACUGCUAUCGAAGAUUUAGGAUUAAAUGACAACGUUUUAUCACUGAUUCCAUCGUCCAUUCGUAAAUUGCGGUCUCUGAGGUCGUUGGACAUCGGGAACAACAAUAUAACACAUUUAAACCGGGAAAACUUUCGUGGGCUCUCCGAACUUUUCGGUUUACGUCUUGUGGAUAACAAAGUUACGUAUUUAAAUGAAGAUACUUUUGAACAUCUACCUCAACUGCAGGUACUAAAUUUAGCAUCCAACAAAAUAAAACAUGUCGCCCCUGGAUGUUUUCGCAAAAAUGUAAAUCUUAAACUAUUACGUAUGGAUGGGAACGAAAUCACCAGUUUUGAUGGAAUAUUUACGACACUCGAUACUCUAGUUUGGCUUAACAUGUCAGCAAAUAAAAUCACGUCCUUCGAUUUUAAAAGUUUUCCUAAUAGUCUCGAAUGGUUGGACUUACAUCAAAACUUUAUAGAGAACUUUGUUAAUGAUGACAUGUAUUCAAAUGUAAAUAUUAAACUAUUAGAUUUAAGUUAUAAUAACAUAAGUCAACUUACUGUGACUUCUAUACCAAAAUCAGUUGAAAAGCUUUAUUUUAACGAUAACAAUCUACAACACAUUCAAGUUGGUACUUUUUCAAAACUACAAAGACUAUCAACUGUGACAUUAAAUAAUAACAAACUGGUACAACUUGACAUGAAUGCCUUUAGGUUAGAUCAAAUAGAUGAAGAUAGUGACUUACCCGAGUUCUUUAUAAGCGGUAACCCAUUUGUUUGUGAUUGUUCAAUGGAAUGGAUUCAACGCAUUAAUUAUUUGAGCCAUAGCCGACAAUACCCGCGCGUAUUAGAUUUAGAUAAAGCAAUGUGUGCAUUAGUCCACUCGCGUGCUAAAGAGAAAAAAAUGAUUAUAGACAUGUCACCUUCUGACUUUCUCUGUCCCUAUGAGAGUCAUUGUUUUGCUCUCUGUCAUUGUUGUGACUUUGUUGCCUGCGACUGUGAAAUGAUUUGUCCGAAUAACUGUAGAUGCUAUCACGACAUCACUUGGAAUGCAAACGUAGUAGAUUGCUCGAACGCGGGCUACACAGAAGUUCCGGAGCGAAUUCCGAUGGACGCCACCGAAAUAUAUUUAGAUGGAAAUCACAUCAGCCAUUUGGGAAAUCACGUGUUUAUAGGGAAAAAGAAACUGCAAGUGUUAUACUUGAAUGAUACAAAGUUAAAGGAAGUGAACGAUCAAACUUUUAAGGGCGUGGAUUCUUUGAAAAUAUUGCAUUUGGAAAAUAACAAACUAGUUGAGUUGAAAGGGGACGAAUUUGUACAUCUAAAUAAUUUAAAUGAGUUAUAUUUGGAUCACAACGCUAUUACACACGUAGCAAAUAAUACCUUUUCUUCCUUGAAAUCACUCUCAGUAUUGAGAAUAGACGAUAAUAAGCUCGUAAAUUUCUUUCCAUGGAAAUUAUUAGCCUCGUCUUCCAAAAGUCUAGCUCAUGUCUCUAUUGAGGGUAAUCAGUAUUCUUGUGACUGUAAGAGUAUAGCUGAAUUGGAUUCGUGGCUUAGGAGGGAUCCGGGCGAUCCUGAAAAAAUGUUGUGUACAGAUAGCGCUGGUAAGCCUACUAAAAUUACUAUUGCCUCAGUCUUAAGUCAUUGUAAAGAGUAUAUGGGAUCGGUAAAUGACCCAACUGUAUCUAAAGACGAAAUAGUUUCUAAAUCGAUAUUUCUUCCUGAUAAUUAUUUCGCUGUAAUAUGUGGUGUAAUUAUUAUUAUUGUAGUGAUUUGUUUGAUAGGUGCUAUCUUUUAUGCUUUCCGAUACGAAGUCAGUGACUGGUUGUACACAAACUACGGCGUACCUCUGUUCAAAGAACAAUCUUGUCCUAACGUCGAUCAUGUGUUAGAAGGCAACCCAAAUCAUAUGUACGAUUAUUACGUGAUAUGUAAUACCAAAGAUACAAAUUUCGUCUACCAUAACAUAAUGUCCGAACUAGAGUUCAGAAAAAUGUCUUCAAAAAAGUUUUCACCAAAUGAGCCCACUCUUAACAUACUGACACUGGACAGCUUUUCAAAAUCAUCAAAAUUGUCUAAACGUCUCAUCAUUAUUCUUACAACACAUUUUAUUUGUAAUGAUCUGUGCGAUAUUCAUUUCAAAAAUAUUUUCUAUAGUUAUUUGAAAUCCCUAAAUCGUAGCGAUAUGAACAAGGUAAUAUUUAUUAAGUUAGUUGACAACAACCAAAUAAAUGAUGAACUGUGUUUUGUAUUAGAUAAGUUCAAAAAUAUAUCGUGGAACGACCCCAGAUUUUGGGAACGGUUUAUCUCGCUAUUGAAUUCGACUGAUACAAUUAUAACGGUAAAAGGGUCGGAGAAUAGUGUAUUCAAGAAAUCGUUACGUCAAACUCCGACGUUGAGGUACACAACAAUGCCAGUAUCAAACGACAGUUGCUCAAAGCAGAAUUUCACAAAUUCCUUGCAGUAUUGCAAAAGGACCGAUGGUGAAUCAUCUCAGUCAGAAAGCUCUCCCUCCUCAGAUAACAACACGUACGGGGAUGGGAACAAUUCGAACAAUAGCUACAUGUCGAUUGACAACAGGACUUGUCCUCGGUUUAAUUAUGACCUGCGGCUGUCCCCUAGCAGUGGUCACGUAUAUUCUAGGGUAGAAGAUAUCUCUCCGACUGUUCCACGUUCUAUGACGGCCAGUGCUGCAAGCAGAGGACGCACGUACUUUGUUUGAGUAUUCUUUUUAGUAUUCCACCCUCGUGUUUGUUACAGUUUUUAUGCACACAUGCUUGCACGUUUCUCGUACUAAGUCACAGUAUUGCUAUUCGUUAUAUAUGUAAAUACUACUGUACUUACUAUUGCAUACUGUCAAUUUUCACAUACGUAAUCUAAGAUCUAAAACGGUAGUAUAAAUACGAGUAUUUUUAAUGAAACAAUAUUUUGUACAAAUAUUGUAUUGAAAUGUUGAGUCUGAUUACGAAAACACUUUCAUGUUAAAAUAUAUUAUUAAUUGUAACGACAUAGAUUAUAAAAGCUGUGAGAAUUUCAUUAAGCAGUCACUGUAAAGCAACACCAAAUAGAAUAGGAUGUUUAAAGUAUUUCCCGUAAUCAUUACAUACUUAAGUAAAUUUUGAACUCAAAACUUAAACUUAUGAAAUAAAACUUAAGUCAUAUUUAUGGAAAGAUCGCAUAAAAGUAAUAUUAUGGAGCGCUUUAUUUAUUAACACUAAAUUCAUACUUUAUAUUUCUGUAGGUUUCUUAAAGUUGUUCCAUUUAUUUAACUAAUUAUAAUGUGAAAUAUUUAAUAUGCAUUCAUAUUUACGAAGUCAUGUGUACGUAUAUAGAAAAUAACAUUAUAUAUAUACGAUAUUAAUAUUAUCGUUUAUUAACUAUAAUGUAUUGCUUGAGUACCUUUAUGAUUAUUAUGUAUAUUUAAGGUAAAUCGUGAUAUUAGAUUUAAUAA